AUGUAUUUCAUAAACCAGGAUGAUAUAGAACGAUUUAGAGAUGUUGGUGCUUUAGAAGAUAAUGUGGGAUCCUUUCUAUCAAAUGACAGACGAGAUGGUGUAAAUCUCUAUGGGGCUAUAAAACAAAGUCCAACUGAGCAACAAAAAGAAUCUUCAAAAUGUUUCACCUUUGCUGAAUUUGGUUGUAUAAGAACAAGGAACACAGUUACUUGCUGUCACUUUUCUUCGGAUGGAAAGUUGCUAGCCAGUUUCGGGGAUGACAAUAAGGUUAUUCUGUGGAAUAUGGACACUUUAGGGACAUAG